CUUGGAUAUUAAAAUGAAACUCCUCAUCCUGGCUGUAUGUGGCCUUGCGCUGGUGGCCGCGGAUGUUUCGCAUCUGUUUGAUCACGAUCAUCAUCACCACCAUGAACAUCAUGAUCAUCCCGGCUACAACUAUGAGCCACCGAGUGUGCCCUUUGAAUUGCCAACUCCCGGACCAUCCUAUCUGCCACCGGAACCCGUGACAGCUCGGGUGAUUGCUCCUGUGCCCUCGUACUUGCCACCGGUGCAGCCGGUGACCAAGCCAACGCCGAUUUACUUGCCUCCCCAGCCAUCGGUGAAGCCUGAGCUGCCUGUUGUCAGGACACCAAAGCCUUCAUAUCUGCCACCCCCGCCGCCGGUUGUGAAGGUUGUGACCCCUAAGCCUUCGUAUCUGCCUCCCCCACCGCCGGUUGUGAGGGUUGUUACUCCGAAACCCUCGUAUCUGCCUCCCCCACCGCCAGUUGUGAAGGUUGUGCCACCUCCUAAGCCUGCCUAUCUGCCACCUCCAGCUCCCAUUGUGAAAGUUGUGCCGCCCAAGCCUGCUUAUCUGCCUCCACCAGUGGCACCCGUAGUGGAGCAGCCACAGCCGGAGUAUCUGCCGCCCUCGAAGCCGACCUUCAAGAUUCCCAUUCCCUCCUAUGCCGCGCCGCUGGAGGAGCCCGUGAACAGCUACCUGCCGCCCCAGGAGAUUGUGGAGCCGCACAGCGAGGAUGGCUAUCACUACGAUGCCCCGGCACAGCCUUUCCUGUUCUAAGAGAAAUCCCUACCCAUCCUUAGCCAUUUUAUUGUUGUCUGCCAAUGUCCAACGUGUAUAUACUAUAGAUAUUUAUUAAGUUUUGUAAACGAAUAAACCCCUAACACC